CUGGAUUCAGACUUUGCGCACGGUGUGUUUGCUGGGACGCAAACGUCCUUUCCUUCCUCCCACGCCUGCUGGCUGCACAGUCUGUCCUGGGCAUGCAGAGAGGUGCCUGGGGCGCACGUGUGGUUUCGGAGCUCAUCCUCCUUCCCAGGAUGCCCCGUCCAUGCUCGAGGCUCGGGCUGACUCCAGGUUUGUUCUCCAGUUCUUUAAGCCAGGAAGGUCAGGGUUUCCGUCUGAGUGUUGCCCACCCAGCCUCAGUGGAGUGGGGCCUGUGCUCACAUAGAAAGGUUAAAAAAAAAAAAAAACAAGGAAAGAAGGAAAAGAAACACAUGGCACCUGAUCAAAGACUGUGUCUUCUUCCAACGUGGUCCCUGUCCCAUGCCUUAGGUGGUGGUUGGUGUCUUACCCAGACUAGUUACCUCCGUGUGUGCGGGGGGCUGGUCCCGUUGCUGCCGCCCCCACGUUACCGGAAGCAGGACACAGACUCCUGUCUUAACAGGGACGUUGUAGCCGGUGGGCAGAGAGGACACACGGAGUGACCGGCUGGGGGGCCCUGGGAGAAUCCAGGCAGGGGGAGCGGCUGCUGGCAUGGGGGAACCAUGGAGCAGGUGGAGAGAGGCGGGGUUCUGUAUGGAGGAGUAAGAGACCUGCAGGGGGAUCGGCCGAGGGCUGUGGGAGCAGGAGGCCCGAGGAUGCUGCCGUCCUGAGCAACUGGACGGCUGGAGUUUGGGGGAAACUGGGAGCUCUGUUCCAGAUGCUUUGAGCGGAAGGGUCCUCGUUGGCAUCGGCACACGUGUGGGGCUGGCAGGUGCUCUGCACAGCUCGGUCCGUCGGCCUGGCCCUGGUCCCAGCGUGACGUCCCACGAGAGCCGGGCCUCCAGUGUGGCCACUUCCCAGCAGGGAGGCUCGGGCAAGCCCCCGUGGGGCUCUGAGUUUCAGGGUGCCCCAGGAAGAAACUGGAGCUCCAUGUCCCUCUCAUGGGGCUUCUGGAGAAAGAAUGGAAUGGAAUAAUGUCCACAGUGCAGGAGGCAGAUGCCCCCAAGUUCAGCCUGUCUGGGGACAGGAGGGACAGCCUCGGGUCUGAGCAGUGCAGCGGGUCCUCUGAGAGCCGCUUUCCCCCCAGUGUUUCCCAGCAAUAUCCCAGCUGUCCGUCGUGGCCUCGCUGCUGGUGGGACGGAGCCUGCAGCCUAGCUGACUCUGACAGGUGCCCGAGUAUCAUGGGGCCUGGCUGCCCGGGGAAGAAGCCCCCAAGAGGACCAGGGACCAGCCGUUUGAGGACAGAAGGGAGUGCAGUGAGGCCGCCGUGCUGCCCCAGUCCUAGGCCUGUGAGCCUGUCGCGCGGCUGCUCACGGGACCCCGAGCUCUGUGUCCUGCACCCAGGCUGGAGGUGGCAUCACGGAGGCCUGUGGAGAGACGAGGCGGUCCAGGUGCAAGGGCAUCCUUGGCGGCUUCGAGGAGCGAGCCCGCCAGGGGAGGAGUAAGGAAAGGUGCGUGUUACUACCACAGAUCACGGUGGUGGGAUCCCGCGUGCUAUGAUCUCACUGGGUCUCCACGCACCUGAUGGCCCAGACGGCGUGACCACGUGCGGUGUCUACAGUCAGAACGGCGAGUGCGGCAGGGGUGGGCUGGAAAGCACCAGACGGGCUGCGCCCUGCAGCCCCGAGCCGGAUCGGCCGCCACGGCGGGACGAGGGAAGGAGAGGGCGUGCUGUCUGUAACAGGCAUGAACACACGCUGCCCUCAAGAGACCUCCCCGUGAGGGUCAGUGGCUAGAAAGCAAGGAGGGGACAGCAGAGGAGACGAGAAGCAGAGAGCAUUUAGAAACAUCCUUUACUUCUUAAAAAAAGAUGUUAUUUAUUCAUUUAGAGAGAGAGAGCGAGCACAUGAGCA